GAAGAAGGAAAAAGAAGAGCAUAUGACAAUCGUCCAUCUGUAUUUGACUCUCUGUGCGGAGUAACCUUAACAGCAUCAAAAGCAACGUGAGGUACCUGUAUCUCUAUUUCAAAUUUCUGUAAAUUUUUUGGGAAGUCAAUGCAGAGUUACAGACUGGCCAGAAUGGUGGACCAUAGGAAGGAAACCACUCUUCAAUUUGCACCUUUUCAGAGUGCUGUGGAAGAGGGUUUUUGGCGUAGUUUGUCUUCAUUGAAGCUCAACAAGCUAUGGCUCGAUGAGUCUCCAAUUCCAAUAACUGACUUAAUUAAAUGGAGCUUUUAUUACUGGUUUGCUUUCCCUGCUCUGAUGCUUGAUCCUCCUGCAACCUCGGUUAUGUUGAAGCCAGCUUCCCACUUGUUUAGCUUAGAAGAGGCUGAGUCCCUAGCAGUUGCUUGUAAUGAGUGGCAUAACCUGUCAUCAACAACAGAUAUUCCAUUCUUCCUGGUUUCUAUUGAUACAAAUUCAAUUGCUACUGUUAGGCAUCUGAUUGACUUUGAAGACUGCCGAAGUAAUGGUCAUAAGGUUCUGUUUGGAUUUUAUGAUCCUUAUCAUCUUCCAAAUAAUCCCGGCUGGCCUCUUCAAAACUUUCUAUUAUAUAUUCAUGUAAGAUGGAGACUUGAAAAAGUUCCAUUUUUAUGCCACCGCGAGAAUCGUGGUUUUGCGGAUCUUGGACUGUCCUUGGUGGGUGAAGCAUUGAUAUCAAAUUCACAAGGUUGGAAAACCAAUUAUAAUAUGCCAAAUGCUGUGGGUUGGGAAAGGAAUAGAGGAAGAAUGGUUCCAAGGUUUAUCAGCCUUGCUAACACCAUGGAUCCAACUAGGUUAGCCAGAUCAGCUGCAGAUUUGAUCUUGAAGCCAAUGAGAUGGCGUGCCUUGCCUUCAUUAAACCUCGAUGUUUUGUCUUCGGCAAGAUGCCUCCUCCUUGGAGCUGGCACACUUGGAUGCCUAGUUUGCUCGAAUGCUUAUGCCAUCCGGUGCUCGUACUUCUCAACAAUGGAUGCUUCAUUGAAGGCUGCAAGAAGUUGCCAGGCAAGAAGAUCUCCCAAGGACUAACGAAAGAGCAAGAAUAAAUUUUUGAUCAAAUUGCAAAUCCAUAGGUAAGUAUUCCACUUCAUAUGGCACUACAAAAAUAAUAUAUUUUCACAAGUUUAUAUGGUUUUCGUAGGGUUAAUUUGAAUGAAAAGGCAUACAAGAACAAGGUAUAUAUGGAUAACAAAUUGUUUCUUCAAUGAUUUCUGUCUUAAGUGAAAGCAUUACCACUGUAAUGUGAAUAUCUUUUUGCGGCUUUGACAAGGAAUUGCCAAGCAUAAAGGCACCGGCGGGUUAUGUAUGAAUUGACAACAAUUUCAAUUACGUGGACGUUGCUACUGUAAUUGGUUUUUUGUUUUGUUAACAUUACAUGCAUUUCAUGUGUGUAUGCAGUGUGUUUUGGAUACUGUUUCGGAUCUUAAUCCAAUUUCAAGUAUAUUUCUAUCA